UAUGAUUUUUCAAUUAGAUGUAGUAGUCUUUGGGAUUUGAAGAAGUGCAUCUUAUCCUCUAAGAAAAAGUUACAAUGAAAUUAGCCGUUUUCAUAGUUGCCUGUAUGGCCGCGUUAGUGGCCGUUCAGUCAGCCAGUAUUUCCUUCCAUGGAAAAAUUGCUGACCAGACCAUGUUGCACAAGCAAAAGUUCAUCCUUGAGAUUUUGCUUCGUGUUGAUCACGAUCUCUUGAUUGAAGAAUGGAUCAAAAUGGGCGGAAAAUUGAUUAACGACAAGGCUCACUACGAGAAAUACGAUGAAUUGAUGAUGAAGUUCUACCAAUCCUACAAGGUUGGUGGACUCUUGCCCAAGGGAGAGUUCUUCAGUGUCAUGCAACGCAUCCACAUGCUCCAAGCCCACGGACUUUUCAACUUCUUCUACUACGCCAAGGACUUCGAGACAUUCGUCCAGAAUGUCGCAUGGGCCCGUAUGAAUGUUAACGAGGGUAUGUUCGUCUACUGCCUCAGCAUGGCUGUCAUCCACCGUCCCGACAUGCAAGGAAUAAUCCUUCCCCAGAUCUACGAAAUCUUCCCAAGCAUGUUCCUUAACGGCAAAUACGUUAUGGCUGCUGAGAAAUUCGACUUCGAUGCAUUCAACAGGAAAAUUAUGCUCGAAAAGGAAUUGGCAACCAUUUACGAUCAAGACCACAGUAUGUCCAAGCACAUGAACGACCAAUUCUACAUGAGAGACUGGAAGACUUACCAAUGGUGGAACCUUAUGGGUCUCGGCGUUGGUAUUCAAGUGGAGAAGAAAUGCAUGCUCCGUGAUGGUAUCCCAGCUCUGAAGCAAAACAGCUUGUUGAACUCCAUCAACAGCAACCUCAAGAUGAUGUACAUGCCAGUCGACUACACUCGUGAUAUCGAGAUUUUCAACGAAGACUCCAAGAUGAGCUACUUCACCGAGGAUAUUGGCUUGAACGCAUUCUUCUACUACAUGAACCUCGAUUACUCAAAAAUGUUGUCUGGCAAGGAAUUCAAACUGGAAAAUGACCGUCGCGGUGAAUUGUUCAUCUUCAACAUCCAACAGUUGUUGGCUCGUUACUACGCUGAACGUCUAUCCAACGGACUUGGUGAUUUCAACACCCUUUCAUACUACGGAAUGAUCAAGACCGGUUACAACCCACAAAUGAUCUACCACAACGGAAACGGAUUCACCACCAGGAAGAACUACUACGAACUGGAAACCUCCCAAAACAUUAAUUUGCUUAAGAAGAUCAUGAACGUCGAACGCAGAAUCGAUGACAUCAUUGACUCAGGAAAGUAUGUUCUGAUGGACGGUACCAUUGUUGACCUUAGCCAGCCUGAAGCCAUUGAACAAAUCGGCAACUUGAUGCAAGGAAACGUUGAUGUUUUGGACAAACACGUCUUGGGCCACUGGUGGAUGUUGACUUCGAUGUACUUGAGCGGUGAAAACGCCGACAGUUUGUUAAUCAAGCCAAAUGUGCUCAUGAACUACGAGACAAUGCUCCGUGAUCCAGUUUCAUUCAAAUUGUUCAAGAUCAUCGCAAACAAAUUCUACAUGUUCAAGAACAAGCUGCCAUCAUACACUCGCCAAGAAGUACUCCUUCCCGGUGUUAAGAUCCAAGAUGUUGAGGUUAGCAAACUGAUGACCUACUUCGACUUGAUGGACAUGGACAUCAGCACUCUGUUGAACGACAAAAUGGUCUUCCAAGAUGGCAAAUACGUUUGGGACAAGGCUCUAAUGGCCCGUCAAAUGCGUCUCAACCACGAAGUAUUCGACAUGAAAUUGAAGGUUUCUUCCGACAAGAUGCAAAAGGCUGUUGUUCGUAUCUUCUUGGGACCCGAAUUCGACCAAUUCGGCAGAAUGAUGAUCAUGAGUGAGAACCGUCAGAACUACAUGCAACUCGAUGAAUUCCUUGUCGAUUUGAAUGCUGGUGAGAACCUCAUCGAACGUAGCUCAAACGAUUUCGAAUGGACUGCCAGCGAUCCACUUUCAUACUCUGAAAUUUACAACUACUUGAUGACGUGCUACGACGGCAAACACCAAUUGAACAUGAACAUUUCCGAAUCACACUCGUUGUUCCCAGACCGUUUGAUCUUGCCCCGUGGAUGGAUUAGUGGUAUGCCAAUGCAGAUGUUCUUCAUGAUCAGUCCUUACAACGCUAAGCACGAACAAUACUCCAAAUACGACCCAUCAUACAUGUCUGGAGUUGGUUCGGGAGUGCGACGCAUCGACAACAUGCCUUUGGGAUAUCCUUUGGACAGGAAGAUCGAGAAGUUCGAGGAAUUCCUUGUUCCAAACAUGUACUUAAAGAAUGUCAAGAUCUACCACUUGGACAAAUUGAACAAAUACUUCCCAAAGAAAUACUCAAACUUUGGCAAAUUCGACUACAACUAUUCUGAAAACCAGCAGCUUUAAGGAGGGACUUGUGAACUAACUCCUGUUGUUGCAUUGAUGUUUUACAUGUUGUAAAAAGAUUUUGUGUUUCAAUAAAUUGUUACGACAGUUAAGAAGAA